UCCCGGAAAAACAUGUUUUACGCCGCCAAAAUAGUGAUGAUCGUCAGCGGGAUAUGGCGGUUGGAGCUGCCCACAGAGUCGAUUUUUUGGAAAACGUUUUAUAGAAUGUACUCUGCUGCAUCAAAGAUAUUGCUAAGCACGACGGUCUUUGCCUUGUUGGCCAAAUUUCCCGAACUGCUUGAGAAAGACGCCCUGGCAGCAAUGGAAAUUGCUUCUCUCGCACUCGCCUGCGGAGUUGUAUUGGUAAAGACGAUGGCAUGCCAGUCGCCAAGAAAUCUUCUUUUAAUCCGUACGGCUAGACAAGAGGAGGACCAGUUGUAUAUUCAUACUAACAAAAUUUCUGAAGGUGUCUACAGUCGUCAUAUCGAUUAUUGCCGGAAAUUAGCUCUGAUAAUCGCCAUCGUCUUUCUCGCAACUACAUUCGCUUUAAUAGCACAAGGGGUAGAGAAAAACUACGCAUUAGUCAAGACGCACCAGAACAUUACCGUGGAAAGACCACUCAUUUUCUUAUGUUGGUAUCCCUUCCGCACUGAGAACUACCACUCAUAUGUACUCGUAGACCAGGCGAUAAGAGUACUGAAUGCGGGUACUUGCAAUUUGUCGGUGAACAUAUUCAUAGAGACAGUUCUUUUGUUCUUAAGAGCCCAAUUGAUAAUACUUCAAGAACAAUUCAGAACCUUCCACAAAGGCAUUGAUGAGACACCAAUCGUCAACGCGGGCCAAGUAAAUCACCAGGUCAUAAAGAGGUUGUGCAUUAGUCAUCAGAAAUUGAUUUAUUAUUUGGCUAGUUUCAAUGAUUCCUUGAAAUUUAUAAUGCUCUUAGAAUACGUCGCGUCUUCCCUAAUAAUUGCAUCAUCGAUUCUAGAGGUUUUCGGAGGACACAAUGUCCCCUUCAACGCUGGCUUUGUGAUGACCAAUUUCGGCGGUUUAAUGUUUCUAUCGUGGAACUGCAACGAAAUUAUGGUCCAGGUAAGCGCUGAAUUGGCAACAGCGCUCUACGAGAGCAAAUGGCACGAGCAGGACAAACAAAGUAACGCUUUGCUUCAAAUAAUGUUAAUUCGGUCGCAAAAACCGUUGGCCAUUACAAUCGGUCCGUUCGGUCCGAUGACCGUGGAUGCAGGAAUGUCUCGGGUGCGGCUGGCAUAUUCUUACACGACAGUCUUAGGGGGCAACUUCUGAGGAACAGCCCUAAGUCUAAGAAGCACAGAAUAAAAAUCGUUUUUGAAUAAAUGCAGAAACUUUAAAUCGAUUUUUUUCUAUGUCGCCAAUUUUUC